AUGCCUAUCAAGACUGAGCUUCGGGAGUAUGCACAGAGGAGGAGCAAGACCGGCCCAUAUGCUGACAACCUAGAAGUGGAUGCUUUGGUUGUUGGUGGCGGGUUUGGUGGUGUCUUUUGCUUUUAUUCGUUGCGCAAGGCCGGUUUCAAGACUGUAAUAUAUGAAGCUGGUAAUGAUCUCGGCGGUACCUGGAGGUGGAACUGUUAUCCGGGAGCGAUGGUGGAUUCAGAGAUCCCAGAAUAUCAGCUGUCAAUUCCAGAGACCUACAAGGAUUGGACUUGGCCUUCGAACUACCCUACCUACAAGGAUCUCAGGGCCUACUUUGACCACGUGGACAAGGUCCUCGACAUCAAAAGCCACACUGCAUUUGACAGUGUUGUCGUUGAUGCUCAAUUCGACACGAAGGAAGGUCGUUGGCACGUCAAAACGGCGGACGGCAGAAUCGCCAGGGCAAAGUAUCUCGUUGUUGCGGCUGGCUUUGCUGCGAAAAGAUAUGUCCCGGACGAGUUUGUUGGAAUAGAUUCUUUCAAAGGGGUCAUUCACCACUCCUCUUUCUGGCCGGACCUUAACAUCGACGUUACCGGCAAGAGAUGUGGUGUCAUUGGCACUGGCGCUUCCGGGGUCCAAAUUACUCAAGCCUGGGGUCCCAAGGCGGGCCACCUUGAAGUUUUCCAACGAACACCGAAUCUGGCAGUCCCAAUGCGAAAGCGAGAUCUAACUGCCGAAGAGCAAAACAAGACAAAGCCGUAUUAUCCGGAAUUGUUUAAACUCAGAGAACAAUGCUUCGGUGGGUUUCUCUAUACCUUCUCCGAGCGCAGUACUUGGGAGGAUACCCCUGAGGAGCGAGAGGCGUUUUACCAAAAACUGUGGGAUGAUGGCGGCUUUCGGUUCUGGCUUGGCAACUACAAGGAUUAUCUUUAUGAUCCCAAGGCAAAUCGUGAGGCUUAUAAUUUCUGGGCACGAAACGUUCGCAAUCGUAUUGGGGAUGCGAAGACAAGAGACUUGCUUGCGCCCUUGGAGCCUCCACAUCCAUUUGGUGUCAAACGUCCUUGCCUCGAGUAUUCUUAUUAUGAGCAAUUCAAUCGUCCGAAUGUCGAGCUUGUUGAUAUCAAGAACAACCCAAUUGUUGAGUUCACUGAGAAGGGCAUCAAAUUGAAGGAUGGGACUGUGCACGAGCUUGAUGUCAUUUGUAUCGCUACCGGAUUCGACGUUGUUACUGGUGGUAUGACUGCAAUGGGGCUUCGCAACAUCGACGGGGAAUAUCUCGCGGAUCAGUGGAAGAAAGCUGCCUAUACAUACUUGGGAACCACAAUCAGUGGCUACCCCAACAUGUUUCACCUGUACGGCCCUCAUGGACCGACUCUUCUCUCCAAUGGACCCACAAGUGUUGAAGUUCAAGGACGGUGGAUUGUCGAUGCCAUCAAGCAGAUCGAACGACAAGGCUUGAAAUACAUCAAUCCCACCAAGGAGGCAUCGGAGCAGUGGAAGAAACAUAUCAAUGAGCUAUCAGACAUCAGUCUGUUUCCCACGACAAAGUCUACCUACAUGGGAGGUAGUAAGCCAGAUAAAGCGUUCGAGCAGGUGAACUACGCAGGUGGUCUUGCUCACUACGGGGAAGAAAUCAGAAAGGCUCUGCCGGCUUUUGACGGGUUCGAGAAAGUCAAAUAG